CCAGCUCUCCUACCUUCCUCCCUGUUUCCGUCUUUUCCUCCCUCUCUCCUCCUCCUCCUCCUCCUCCUCUUCCUCUCUCCUCCUCCUCCCGCUGCGCUCUCGACUCGCUCUCAUUCCCUCUCGCUCACACACUCAGGCAGCAUCCUCCCCUCUCCAUUUCUACCUCCAUACUCACCUCCCCCCCCACCCCCCUCUCCGCUUUGCUCCUGUCGCCUCCUUCCCUCACCAUCACCUACUAACACAUAUCAUCUCUCGCAAACUCUCCCCCCCCCCCCGUCUGUUGUCUCCCUCCACUCUCUUCUUCAUUUCUCCCUCUUUCUCACGCGCUCAACCUUGUUGCCUCGCGCGCAAACUCGCGCACACACUCAUGCUGAUUGGCACCCAAGGACGGAGCACCCUCUCCCCUGCACCGGCGAACCGGGCAGUCCGCUCGCGUGGCCAGGCUUCUGGAGACUGAGCUCAGCUGAGGAAGAGGACGAGGAAGAGGCCAUGGAACACAGCCACAUCUUCCCUGUUUUCUCCCCAAACGGGAGCACCUGGAGCCCGGGACAGCAUCCCACUGAGUUUGCACAGGCAUGUCCUCUCGGACCGCUGCCCGUCAUCUACUACAGUGUCCUGCUCUGCCUCGGCCUUCCAGCUAACAUCCUGACUGUGGUCAUCCUGUCCCAGCUGGUGCUGCGUCGCCAGAAGUCCUCCUACAACUAUCUCCUGGCGCUCGCGGCCGCCGACAUCCUGGUGCUGCUCCUCAUCGUGUUUGUCGACUUCAUAUUGGAGGAUUUUAUUUUGGGCACGGCGCUGCCUCCGUCCCUAAACAACGCCGUGCAGGUCCUGGAGUUCUCCUCCAUCCACACCUCCAUCUGGAUCACCGUGCCGCUCACCGUUGACCGCUACAUUGCCGUGUGCCACCCGCUGCGCUACCAUACCGUCUCCUUCCCGGCUCGUACGCGGAAGGUCAUAUUUUCCGUGUACGUCGGUUGCCUGAUCUCCGCGGCUCCUUACUACUGGUGGCCCGAGCUGUGGCACAGCCUGCCCGGGGUGGGCAGUGGAGGAGGGGAAGGAGGAGAAGAAGCAGCAGCCGCAGGAGGAGGAGAGGAGAGAAACAGUAGAACCGUGGCCCAGCAUGUCCUGGUGUGGGCCCACUGCGCCACCGUCUACCUCCUGCCCUGCACCGUCUUCUUCUCCCUCAACGCCGCCAUCGUGCGCAAGCUGCGCCGCCGCCGCAGCUGCUUCCGUCUGCGCGGCUACUCCACUGGCAAGACCACCGCCAUUCUCCUCGCCAUCACCUCCAUUUUUGCCGUUCUGUGGGCGCCACGCACCCUCAUGAUCCUCUACCACUUCUACUCCCCUCCGCCGGCUUCACAGGGGGCCGGCCGGCUGCUCCACGUGCUCACCGACCUGGCGAACAUGCUCGCGCUGCUCAACACCGGGGUCAACUUCUUCCUCUACUGCUUCAUCAGCAAGCGUUUCCGGGGCAUGGCGGCCAAUGUCCUGCGAGCCCUGGUCAACUGCCGGAAGCAGCCGCCGCCGUUCUACGCCAGCCACAACUUCUCCAUCACGAGCAGCCCCUGGAUCUCGCCAGCCAACUCCCACUGCAUUAAGAUGCUGGUGUACCAGUAUGACAAAAACGGGAAGCCCGUCUGUAUUUCCUCUUGAGUCCACCUCGUCCGCCAGCUGCCGCCACCGCCUCUCCCCCACAACCUCCUUCCCCACCCUCAGUCGUUGGGGCACACGUUGUCUCCUUGGUGACCAGCUUUUUUCCCCGCACGGGAGUCUUUUGAGGCUUGAAAAUGUCAACACGCCUGGAGAGCACACAGGGGAGCGUUUGGCUAGCUUUGAGCGCUAACAAAGUGGUUGGCUAGCUGGGUGGAAAAGCAAACAGUUUUCACAAAGCGGCGACUGGCAUCAAAAAGAUGUUUAUUGUUUCCCUCAUGCAAAAAAAAACAAAAGAAAACAGACGAAGCCACUAUGAGUGAGGACUCAUGACUCACAGGAUAUCACCGUCAUCUUUCAGUGACUUGCGACGUGUAUGAGCAACACAAAAUAGACUAAACUAGCAACAGGAGGAGUCCGCGGUGAAGAAAUGUCCGACAUCGAUCUCUCCGUUGACGCUCUCUUCUGCACGAUGCUGUAAAACGGGAAGCAGCCGCGUUUCUGUCCUGUUGGAAGUCAUUUCCGGAAAAGCAAAAGUAUCCGGUCAGGAGUCUGGCCCGUGAACAUCUGAGAGGCACUUCCUGUCAGAGGCAUCGACGGUUUUGUCUGUAUCUCAAGAAAUGCUAAAACAGCGCUGUCAUUUUCCAGUUUAAUAUGCAGAAACUUUUGGACUUGGGCUUUCCUAAAAAAAUAGAGAGCCGUGGCUGACUUUCCUCAUGCCAAGUUCAUCCCAGCAGGUUGGCACUCGCUCUGGGAGGCAAAGCAGUGAUUAUUGUAGGAUCAGUAGGCUAUUCCGCUUAUUGUUGGUUCAAUAUUUAUUAUGGUAAACUUGACUGUUAUUGUUGCUUCACAAAAAUGCAAGACAAAAGUCUGAGUAAUCUAGCAAUCCCAUUUCCAAUAUUAGGUAGAGGAAGUUUCUGCCAUUAGGAGAUAGUCCUCUAUUAACUAUUAAUGGUACUUGGUGACUACUGUUAGCCAUUAUCUGAAUGAUUAUAUUGAAUGUCGCAUCUCCUCAACCCUUUAGUUUUCUUAGCGACGGAGAGCAAAACAGAGAGACGGAGAGGAUGGUUUGUUUUCCCUCCAAGGUUUUCUGUCCCGUUAUGCCGCAGUGAAUUAGGUCUCAGGGCCGCAGUGACACAUUUCAGAUCCGUUCAUUCUGCUGCCUGCUGAUGGAAAUAAAGUUACAUUUUACAACAAAACCCACUCACGUACAUUGACACAGAUCUGCCCGAGUCCUGCCCAGUAACAGACGUUGACACACACGCACUGUGCAUUGGAUGUGCCCUGUAUUGCCCAUAGAGGAGCACGUUGAGAUCAAUGCACAUCCAUUCUGCAGACACCUCGAGGCAUUAGCAGUCUUCAUCUAUCCAACAAGGAUGGAGCUGCGCCAAAGGGCGAAUGUCAGCUAAUGCAUUCCUGGAGAUAUCAGACACAUCAGGCCCCGUUUCAAUGGAUGAGGCCUUAAAUCUGAUUUGGCUCUCCUGUCAUAGCUGGUCUCAUGCCCUCCAAACUGGUUCGACACUAAAAACAUCUGACACCCAGUUUGAUUUUUUUUUGUUGCCCUCAUCUGCUUUGUACGCAGCUGUUUGUUUGGAAUUCAAACAAACUAGAGGGCCUGAAUGCAGCCAAACUAUUUACAAUUCAAGGCGAAUACACCCCAAUCGCUACCUCCCAUCUGAUUUGAAUAUGACAAUGUGGUCAUCAAAUGAAUUCAAUUACAAAACUGUUGAAGGUGCCUUGUGAUGCAGGUAUAUGUGAUGAAUAAAAUGUUCCAUCAAAAAAAAAUUAUUUGUAGCAAGAAAGUCAAUCUGCAGUUAUUGUGCCGUUCUGAAAAGAACAGGCAAUAAAAGUUUGAAAAAAAGCACAUUAAAAUUUUGAAACUAUACUUAAGAGCUCAUAAAAUUCACUGUAAAACUGUGUUUUGACCUUUAAAGAGUGCCGUCUGUCAUCCAUACACCUCACCGAUCAUUCAUUGAACAAUUUUGAAAUGUUGGCCAUUUUACACAUAAUAUGUCUUUUUUCAGACUAGUGAUAAGGAGCCAUUUUGUGAGCAUUUAUAAUGCAAUGCAAUUUCAGACAUCCAAAAUAAUAGUUUGAAUCAAAGUAACUUAUUGACAUAGUAUGCAGGCACGGCACAUGGAGACAUUAGUGUAUGUUUACCCUAUUAACUACACUAUUUCUCUCUAUAUUUGGAAUGUUAUGGCUGUUGACAGUAUUAUUUAUUCAUUCAGUAAUAAAAAAUGAUUCCUUCUGUUUUUGGACUUUGGGCUUCUUUACUCUCAAAAUCCAUUUCUUUGUUCCUAUUAAAUUGAUUGUCCUCAAAAUUGCUUGUUAACGAAGGAGCACCUGUCACCACUUGCUACUUACCUCACCUCACUCUGCAGUCCCCCCACGGCUCCCCCUUUCCUCCCACUUCACGUUGAAUGCACUCGCUCAAAGUUAAUUUCACAAGUGUCCUUUUUACUCGUUAAGUGAAGCCUUGAAGUCUUGCGGCUACAUGUGCAUACUGAUCAUACCGGGCCCAAUUUCUCUUUAGAAAAUGGAUGCAGGCAGUUAGGGUCUGUGAGAAGAAGCUGCUGGAUGUCAAGUAUUAUUUGAUGUAAAUUAAGACAAUAAACGUGCCAAUAACCGGUAAUCACUCGGGCGACCUCCAUCAGUCGAGAUCAGACGAGUCCAUCAGUCAUCCUCAUCAGCAAGUUUAGUAUAAAGGCACAAAAAUAUGCCAUUUAAUCUUCAAUCAAUACUGCCUAAUGGUCCAACUAUGAUCGUUAAGAAAGUAAGACUCAGAUAAAUGAUUAUGGUUUCAGCCUGAGGAGCUCAUGCCAUAUCAAUGUUGCCAUGACAUUCAUUUUGCGUGUUAACCCUUUACAGUGUUGCAUGUUUAUGUGACGUUUGCGGGAUGACCGGCCCUCUGGGAACAAGGCUGCAAAACCAGCUUCAGGAAACCAAAGUGAAUUAAGGAGUAGGGGGAGUUGAGAGAGUGUCACGUGCAAGUAUUUCUUUGUCUCCCACGUGAGGCCCUCGGUAGUGUGUGCGUGUGUUUGUCUGUGUGUGUGUUUGAGAGAGGGGG